UGAGCUAAAGCACCACGUUAAUGUCCCGCUCCCGCCUCCCAGAUCCUGACCAGCCACACGACCACACCAGCAGCCAGCUUUGUCACAAGCUUGUUAACCUCCAGGACAGCCAGCAGCGUUCCUAAGACAGCAUGGGCCUCCCACAACGGCUCAUCCUCACCCUCCUGUCCAUCUACCUAUACUCAGCAACCGUGGUGAACACACAGCAAGAAUUCAAAAUUCAAAGUGUCGAGCUAAUCAUUGAGCCCAGGAACGAUGUGACUGCGGGGACCAAUGUGACUCUGAGAUGCCAUGCCACAGUGAGCACGAGUACUGGCAAGGGGCUGAUUCGUGAGUACACCAUAUUGAAGAAUGACAAGAUAGUGUACACCAAGACCAUUGGCUCCUCUGAGGACUUCGUGUACCAGCUGCACAAUGCCAGAGUCUUCAGCACAGGCUUGUAUCAGUGCAAGCUAGACAUCCAAGGCGACACCAAGUUGAGCAAAGCGCAAAGACUCAACGUACAAGGACUCUCGCAGCCAGUUCUCCAUCUUAAUACGAACGUUGUUAAUGAAGGGGAGGAGGUACAAGCCACCUGUAUAGCUCCGGGUGAAAUAGGGUCCUUCAUCUUCUUCUUCUUCGAUAAUGAUGAACAGAUAAGCAGGGUGGAAGGACUCUCCAACCAAGCAAAGACCACUUUCAGGUUAAGCGGUGCUGACAUCCACAAAAUUCACUGCUCCUACAAGAUCCGCACAGCAGAGGACACCUUCCCUUCAACAAAAAGCAACAACGUCACUGUUUCAGUCAAAGAGCUUUCUAUUACACCAGAACUGAAGAUUUUCCCUGACUCCACAAUCUAUGAAGGAGACCACCUCAACAUCUCGUGUAGUGCAAAAAAUGUUCACUCCAGCUCUGAAGGUUACAAGCUAUUCCUGAGCCAGGGCACCAAGCUUCUCAGGACUGGCAACUCUACAAUAAACCACAACAUGGUUGCAGUACCAAAGGCCUCUGAAGCGCUUACAUUUGACUGCAGAGUGGUAGUGAGAAAUGUGGAGAAAUACUCUGAGAAGAAGAUUUUAGUGGUUGAGCUCUUCUCAGUGCCCAGUCUCACCAUGUCUCCCACUGAAGUCUUUCAAGGGCAAAUUAUGACAUUGACCUGCAACAGUGAUCGUUUUGCCUCUCAAAGAAUCAACAGGGAGGAUUUGGAGUACACUCUUUAUCCAUCUAAAAACUUACCAAGCUCUGGUAAACCUGGAGUAUUUAAUGUGAAGGCCCUGCAGAAUGAUUUCAACUACACCUGCUCAGCUGAAGCCAAAGGCAUCAAGAAAGAUAGCAAAACCCUGAUGAUUCGUCCUAAAGUUCAUGUCUCUGCUCUAAAGAUUUCAAUUGAGGACAAGGUGAUCCUGAAAAAGAGCUUCACCAUCUUGUGUCAGUCGAAUGGCAGCCUGCCGAUAAACUACACCCUGUUUAAGGAUAACGUCCAAGUGGGCACAAAAGUCAUCCGAGAGCAAAAUCGACAAGCUGUCUUUGUGGAUGUCAUCAAUGAGCCUGGUGAAAGACAGUACAGGUGUGAGGCGAAGAAUAGUCUCCAUUCCAACAAAACUGGCUCCAGUCAACACCUCAGCGUGAAUGUCAUCGUGCCUUUGAGCCAAAUGACUCUGGCCGUCAUCCCUUCUUCACUAAAAAUCUCAGAGGGAGAAGAACUCAAUUUCAUAUGUAGUGUUAAUGGCACAGGGCCAGUCACCUUUAAGUGGUACCGAACCGGCAGUGUAGUACCGUUGCAAACCAACACCACCACAGAGACCUACUCAAACUUGGAGAUAAAACCAGUCUCCAAAAAUGACAGUGACGAGUACUACUGUGAGGCUUCCAACGGCGCCAACAAGGUCAGAAGUGAGAACGUAAAUGUACAAGUAUUCAUGGCACCGUGGAAAAAAGGGUUGAUUGUCGUGGCCUGUCUGCUGCUGCUGCUGCUGUUAGUUCUGCUCUUGGUGGCGAGCAUGCUGAACAUCAAAUCUAAGAGAGAUAGAAGAGAAGCAGCUGCUGAACUGUCGGUAAAGCCUUCGAGCCCUAAAUCAGAUGACCCUUUAACAGUGAAUCUAACCCACGACACAGACGUUUAUAAUGCAGCCACAGUGAAGGUGGACAGAGCUGAAGUCAGCGUGUGGAGUAAACGGAAACCUGAAACAGAAAGCGAUGAUGAGAUCAGCGAGGUGUCCAACGAGCCUAACGUGGAGUACACGGAGGUGGUGCACGCCCGGUCAACAGAUCCUGCCAGAGUUCCACUGAGAAAAGGCACAGACACAGUUUACAGUGAGCUCCAAAACUCUCCAAAUGGUGCUGCUGAUCCCCCCGACUAUGGUUCGGUAGAAUACGCUGAGCUCAACCGUGAACAAUUUGAGAUUAGUCAGUACGAUCCACAGGUCCACAGCUACCAGGACCUCCCUGAGCCGGUGGACUAAUAAGAUCACAGCUGUCUCUCCAGUCUUCUCGUACUGCUGUGCUGUUUUUGUUGAGCUUUUUUUUUUGUUUUUUAAUGAGCAUGCAUGAGUAUGACAUUUGUUAUCAGAAAUAUGUCUCUCUGUCACAUACAAAGAUACCAAUGCGAUGUAAAGGGAGUUCAGGUAAAAUGAGGUUAACUCUAAACGAAAAAGAAACACACAAAUGUUCAAAAAAAUGCAUCGCAGUUAUGUGUACAGAUGCUACUUUUUUUGUUGUUCCCUCCUUUUUCUUAUUUUACUUUUUCAUUUUCAAAAAUGAGAAAGUGGAAUUUAAAACCAAAGAUUUAAGUUGUUCAUAUUAAAAAACAAACAAACCCACAUUACAGUUUUGGCACUGUGUAACAACUGUCAUUAUGGCACUGCACCGCUAGGGGGUGUCUUUACACUAUUGUGGUAGCAGGGGAGACCCUUACACUGGACUGUCUGCAGCCAGUGCAGAAGAGCAUGCUGCUCUCUUCUCACCUGAUAUCAGAAAGACCUUGUAACGGGCGGGUGCAGACAUCUACCUGACCCCGGGACAUGUAUGGCCGGAUUGUCUAGAGCCGUGGAGAACUUUCCACUAUCGACUUCUUACUGUUAAUGCCAAAUAAAAGCCCGGUGUCCUACCUGCCUGACUGGACUUCAAUGCUACACUCCCACUGGACCUGCUAGCUGCUCCUCCCUCACCACACAUGUUACUCUUACAUGUACAGUUUCAGUUCUUAAAAAUUCAUGCAUGCAUAAUCAUUAAAAGCAAUGUAUAUAUCCUUUUAAAUUUUUCCUGUUUUUUGACUUAAUCAUUUUUAAUUUCAUGUUGAUUUGUAAUUUCCCACCAUCAAAAAAAUAUAGAUUUUCAAAACAGCAUCCUCCAUAUUCUUUAUUUUAAAGGUAUGUUUUAUAUAAAUAUCCCGACCUUCUUACCUAUCUUGAAAUCUCGGCAUUUAGCCGUGGUUCAGGAGGUAGAGCGGGUCGCCUGCUAAUGAACUUGUCUGUGGUUUGAUCUCUGGUUUCUUUUGCAUG